AUGAAUUUCAUCAUAUUGAUUAUAAUCAUAUAUAUAUUAACAAAUUUUGUUGAAUCAACUCAUUUCUAUGGUGGAACUAUAACAUGGAAACCUACGGAUAAUACAACAACUGGUUCAACACUUCCUAUCAUCUUUACACAAUCAUAUCAAUGGCGACAAUCAGGUCCUCUCACAUAUUGUAAUCAAUCUUAUGUUUUAAAUCAUUCACCUCAAAUUCCAACAGGAAUUAGUAAACUAAUAUGUGUUACAUCUAAUAGUUCUUGUGGUGGUUAUAAUGCACUUAAUAUCAGUGGAUAUUGUACUGACUUCAGUACAAUUCUUGAUUUAAGUUCAAGUCAAAUUUCAACAGUUCAAAAUAUAACAAUUGGUUCGAAGUUCUGUAUUGCAUUUCAAGGCGCAACUUGGAUUGGUCUACAAACAGUCAAUUGUGUAACAAGUGCUUCUACUACUUCGAAUACUACUACUAUAUCAACAACAACUCUCUCUAGUUGUUAUAAUAGUGCUCCUAGAUGGUCGAUCGGUUGUUGUCUUGAUUUAUCAAUUAGAUUAGAUGGAUUAAUUAAUACACCACCUGUUACAAAUAUUAUCUCGCCUAUAAAUCUACUUGUUGAUACUGAAACAAAUAUUAAAAUUCCAGUGAUCGAUGCUAACAAUGAUGUUAUACGUUGUCGUUGGGCUCAAAACACAUCAUUACUUGAUGAAUGUGGUGAUGUCUGUGGAAUAGCACCUGCUAGUACACUCAACAGCAAUGACUGUAUAUUAACAUUUAAUAGUACAGGCACUAUUGUUGGACAAUAUUAUCCAAUUACUUUAAUGAUUGAAGAUUAUUAUAGAGAAUCAUCAUAUUUACCAUAUAGUAGUAUUCCUCUACAGUUUUUAAUUAAAAUCAUUAAUAAACCUAGUUGCUUUACAAAACCGAUGGUUAGUUCCAAUUUAUCAAAUUGCACUCCUAUUAGUGUUGGAGUUGAAUUUAAUUUUACAUUAACAAUCCAACAAAGUUGUUCGAAUAUAACAAUAGUAGAUCUAUUUAGAACAUCACCAUUAAAUAUGUAUAAAAAUGAUUUACUACAAGUUGGAUCAACUAAUAUAUGGAUUAUUACUGAAACAUGGAUACCAACUAUUGAUCAAAUUGGAUCUCAAGUUUAUUGUGCUAUUGCAACUGAUAGUAAUAAUAUACAAUCAGAUCAAUACUGCACAACAUUUACAGUUUUACCCGUUGGACAAACACUUAAUUGUCCAACCGAUUUUAUACUAAAUAGAACGACAACAACUACAAAUACAACUACAACAUCAGUUACAAUGUUGACUUUUGUAACAACAAUAGUAGCAUCAUCAACAUCAAUGAUAGGAACAGUUUAUGUAAAUGACAAUUCUGGAUUAAAUAGUUUAAAUCUUGGACUUAUUCUUGGUUUCGGUUUACCAUUAUUAUUAUUAUUGAUUGCUUUGUCAUUAUAUUGUUGUUGUUGUCAACAUUGUCAAUUUUUCCGUCAAAUAGAUUUUCAUUAUUUUUUAAUAUAUUAUAAUCAUUUAUAUUCUGAAUGUGUUUUUUUUAGUGGCAAAUCUUUUCGUCGAUAUUUAAAACGUGAUCAAAAUGUUGAUCAACAGGAUAAUUUACCUGAUUAUCGUCAUCAAUAUAUAAAUGAUAAUAAUAUUGUUGAGAAAAAAUAUCAAUUAACUUAUUCGAACAAAAUUCAAUCAUUUACAAAAGAAAAUUCCCAUACAUCACUGUCACUUUCUGAUGUUCAAACAAAUUAUAUGAAUAUAACAAAAACAUCAUUUCUUUCACCUUCGUCCUACAGUCUUCCAACUAUUGACGUUCAAUAUGCAAGAUAUAAUUCAUCAGCAACUACAAAAUCAAUGCAAAAUGAUUCUAUUCUUAUGCGUGAUUAUUCUAUACAACAAAAGAGACACAGUCUUUACACAUCAUAA